ACUCCUUGAGACAUGCAUCUGGCGGGCAAGCAGCAGCAGCAGCAGCAGCAGCAGCAUCAUCAUCAUCAACGGUUCGAGUCUCGCUUCGCCUCUCUCCCCACUCGAGGUGCGUCUAGGAUCCGAACCCGCUCUCGCGCAUAUACAGCACAUGCCACUGCCUGUGCAUACUACUACUACUUGUACAUGAUCCCGCCCGUAUCGACGAAGCACGAGACUGCCGAAGAAGACAACAGCAAGAUGUUGAUUCCAAUCUGCGUUUCCGAUUGGCGAUGGCAGACAGGGAUCAUCCUUGAUGCCGUGGAUACGUAUGAACGGGUCGAGCGAGCCUCACGGCGUCCAUACAUGCACUAAAUAUUAUUGCCCCCUUUGAUUGCCAUCCACCAUCAUCCCAGAUGAGACGGGGUUCCUGUGUCGGCCUGCCAGUGAUAGUGCAGAAAAAAAAAAGGCUGACGCCAACCAUCCCCUCUCGCUGAUAGAUUGCCAGUCAACCUGCCCCCCGGCUCGUCAACCCAGACCCUGGCGCCGAGCCAUCGCCCAAUUGGCAAAUCGGGCUAAAUGCCUGGAUGUGGCUGU